UUAAUCAGCGAAAGACAGAUAUCACCAUUGCAUUGGGGGUCGGUGAGGGAGAGAGAAAGCAGGAAAGAGGAGGAGGGAGGGGGAGGAGGAGGGAGGAGGAGGAGGAGGGAGGAGCGGACGGCAAGUAAUCGAAAGAAGGGAGAGAAAAAGGAGGAAGAGCGAUAAAAGGAUAAAGCAAGAGGAAGAGCGAUAAAAGGAUAAAGCAAGAGGAAGAGGAGGAAGAGGAGGAAGAGUGGGGGGAGGAGGAAGAGGAGGAAGAUAAGGGCCCGUAGUAAGUAUUUGACAAAGAAAGCGAGUUCCUCUUUCUCCGAGGUGUGAGAGAAAGAAGGGAGAAAAGAGAUGGGAAACAAUUUGUCGAACUGCUGGAAUGGCAAACUGGUGGCAUCUGACGAUAUCUCAUUUUCCAAAGCGGCUAUUAAGGAGAAGAAGGCACGGAGGAAGCACGCCAAGGCUUUGAGGUCCGUCUUGCCAUCCCAACUACCUUUCUCUUAUGGCAAAUCCAGCGGACCAGGCAAGUAUGUCUUGGGGGUAGGUUAUCGAGAUGUGCACAGAUUUUACGACAUCGGCAAGGAGAUAGGUAGGGGUAUGUUUGGAGUGACAAGGCUUGCAGUAGAUAAGCGGAACGGUGAGGAAUUCGCUUGCAAGACGAUCAGCAAGAAAUGGCUAAGGUCCAAAGAUCACUUCAGGAGUAUAAGGAGAGAGGAGGAGAUCUUGAGGCAUUUGGAAGGACAUCCGAAUAUCGCAAGAUUGGUAGAGAGCUUCGAGGAUAAUCAGGCCGUGCAUUUCAUCUUGGAGUUGUGUAGAGGGGGUAUGCUUUAUGAUAGGGUCACAGCGAAGGGGUUUUAUACAGAGCAAGAGGCGGCAAGCAUGACACGACAAAUCGUCGAGGUAGUAAAACACCUCCACACGGUCGGGGUAAUGCAUCGGGAUCUCAAGCUGGAAAACUUCCUCCUUGCGGAUCACAGAGAGGACUCCCCUGUCAAGACGAUCGAUUUCGGCGAACGAUUUUCAGAGCUCGUUGGAAGUGCCUACUACGUCGCACCGGAAGUGAUUGCGAAGGACUACGGGCCGGAGGCGGAUAUUUGGAGCGCAGGAGUUAUUUUGUACAUGCUUCUUUCGGGCGCCCCGCCGUUCUAUGAUGUGUCGGAAGAAGGAAUUCUCGGUGCAGUGAAGAGGGGGGUGUUUGACUUGCAGAGCGAUCCGUGGCCUUUGAUAUCGGAUCAAGCGAAAGAUCUGGUGAAGGGAAUGCUCAAAGUGAAGCCUACGGAGCGGUUAACGGUCGAUGAAAUUCUGAAUCAUGAGUGGCUGCGAAAGGAUGGCUGUGCCUCAAAUGAUCCCAUAACUUGUCCUGUACUAAGUAGAAUCAAGCAGUUCAUGAUGAUGAACAAAUUGAAGAGGCUUGCGUACAAUGUUAUUGUUGAGGCUUCUCUUAAUGCAGAGGAGAGGGACAGUCUGCAGAAGCAGUUUCAGGAUAAGACGGGGUUCAUUACGGCAGAAACACUGAAAGAGGUUUUAAACGACGACGAGAUGAUGGACUGCGUCAGAGAUAUCAUUCACGAGUACGACACGGACAAGGACGGAAGGAUUGAUUUCGAAGAGUUUGCGGCGAUGAUGCAGCAGGGGUACGCGGAGGGCACGGGAGUGAUAGAACCGGACGGGUACUGCCCGCCGCUCUCUCCAGCGCCUUAUAUCGUGACGCAACUUGCAAAGAAAGAAGCAGAGGAAAGAGAGGAGAAGGGGGGAGGGGAGACGAGCGAUAGUACGGGAGACGAGUCGCUUUGAAAGCGAAGCGGAGGCGCAGAGCUGAUGCCCGCAUCAGUUCGGAGUAGGUGUAUGUGUGCGCUACAGAGAAGAGAGACAGCGUCAUGCUCCUCGUUGGAAGGGGUCCAAAUAGCGGAAGAAAGAAUCUUUGGGGUGAGAUCUUCGACCGACGAACGAUGCGAACCGUUGUUGAUUACGCCCUUUGACACAUGUUUUCCCCCAUGUAGAUUCGUUUUGACCAGCAAUGACUUGAAAGGAUGCUGGAGGAGGGAUCCAGCAUGUCAACGAAUUCAGUGAUUGAUUUAUCCACCAGUCAAAUAAUCAAUCAAUCAAUCAAAUCAAAUCAAAUCAAAUCA